GUCGAGCGGGGCGCGGUCGCCGUCACGGAGCGGAGUUGGUGCUUGUCAUCCGGCCGCCAUUAUCUCGUAUUUAAACGAUUUUGUAAAAUCAAUUAAAGUGUUCGCCGCCGUUACGUGUAAUUCGUGCCGGGUGAAGUAUAAAAUUGUUGCAUCGUCGACAGUGUGAUCGUCGAGCCGGGUAGAGUGUUGUUGGAUAGAGUACGAACAGUGAUAAGUGGUACUGUUAGGUUACUGUGUGUUGGGUGCUAUCGUCGUAUAGGGUGGCUCCGGUCAAGCCGGAGCGGCAGGACACGUGCGGAGCGCAUGCAGAGGGAGCGGUGAAAGCGCGCCCGGCUCGGGAGUCGGGGGGAGCACAGGCAGCAGGACAGCUGCCGACAUGGGGUGCGCCCAGUCGGCCGAGGAGCGCGCGGCGGCCGCUCGCAGCAAAUUGAUCGAGAGGAACUUGAAAGAGGAUGGCAUCCAGGCGUCCAAAGAUAUCAAACUGUUGUUGCUAGGUGCUGGCGAGUCGGGCAAGAGUACUAUAGUGAAACAAAUGAAAAUUAUCCACGAAAGUGGCUUCACAAAUGAAGACUUCAAACAGUAUCGGCCGGUUGUGUACAGCAACACUAUUCAAUCGCUCGUCGCCAUCUUGCGCGCCAUGCCCAACUUGGGCAUCACCUAUGGCAAUAAGGAUCGAGAGAGCGAUGGUAAGAUGGUGUUCGACGUGAUCCAACGGAUGGAGGACACGGAGCCGUUCAGCGAGGAGCUGCUCGCCGCAAUGAAGAGGCUCUGGGCAGACGCAGGAGUCCAGGAGUGCUUCGGACGCUCCAACGAGUACCAGCUCAACGACUCCGCCAAAUACUUCCUGGAUGACCUGGACCGGUUAGGUGCUCGGGACUACCAGCCCACCGAACAAGAUAUCCUAAGGACCAGAGUGAAAACCACUGGCAUAGUCGAAGUGCACUUCUCCUUCAAAAAUCUUAAUUUCAAAUUGUUCGACGUGGGCGGGCAGCGGUCCGAGAGGAAGAAAUGGAUCCACUGCUUCGAGGACGUGACCGCGAUCAUAUUCUGCGUCGCCAUGUCCGAGUACGAUCAGGUGCUGCACGAGGAUGAGACAACGAACCGCAUGCAGGAGAGUCUAAAGUUGUUCGACUCGAUCUGCAACAACAAGUGGUUCACGGACACCAGCAUCAUCCUGUUCCUAAACAAGAAGGAUCUGUUCGAGGAGAAGAUACGCAAGUCGCCCCUCACCAUAUGUUUUCCGGAAUACACGGGCGCACAAGAGUACGGCGAGGCGGCGGCGUACAUCCAGGCGCAGUUCGAGGCGAAGAACAAAUCCACCACGAAGGAGAUCUACUGCCACAUGACCUGCGCCACCGACACCAACAACAUUCAGUUCGUGUUCGACGCCGUCACCGACGUCAUCAUCGCCAACAACCUGCGCGGCUGCGGCCUCUACUAAACUGUCGUGUGUACCGCCGCGCCCCCGCCCCCGCCCCGCCGCCCUCCCGCACCUCCCGCGAGCCCUCCGCAAGCAUAUCAGCGCCUCGGUGGCGGGCGCCGGCGCGGGCGGGCCGGGGCGGCGCGGGGGGACGCGGGAGGACACGGGGAGCGGCCACGCUCAUGCCGCCAGUCGGUCCGCAGCUACGCGUAAUAUAAUUACCUAUAUAUUUUUAUGAAAAGUAAGCUUACUGGAUUAUACCGCCGAUGUGCAGAUAUCAUGUGUCACAUGGCUUGGGGCAUUGUGUAUGUUUUACGUUGGCCCCGGCGCCGCCUCGCCGCCCGCACCGCCGCAGCUCUUCACUUGUAAGAUAUUCCUUUGUUCGUAUUAGUUGAUGGCGUCGGGCUCCUCGCACGCGCCCCGCUCUGUUAGUCCAUCUGUUAUGAUGAAUGUGAAUUAGUAAACUAGUGUUCAAUUCUAAAUUUUGGUGCUAAAUUUGGCAUAGUUUGGUUCGUGCAUCGGUCGGUGCGGGUCGGUGUGGGCGUGGGUCGGCAGUGAGUGCUCGCCACCUCUCGCCACCGCUCCCACCGCUGGGGCGACGCGCCGGGGCUCCGGUAACAAUGUGCUUAUAUACUCACUCUCUUACGGACCAAAAACAGAAAGGAACCAAUAUUUAGUAUUGAGAAUCACAACGUAGUGAGAAGCAUUAAUAUGUUCACAGGCCUACUUUAUCUGAUUACAAAACAUCAUUCCAUUAUUAAGUAUUUUAUCACUUACAAUGAAAAUUUAUUUUUUUAUAAAGUUUUGAAAGCACGAACAGUGACCGCUGUUGUUGGAUAAGGCGCAUCGCAUCCAUUGUGUUUGCACAUUAUUUACGAUCAUAUUUUAAGCUGUGUAACCUGUGACCUAUUUGGACUAAUGCAUAUUUUAAUUUAAGCAUUGUAUUACGCACAAAUUAUUUAUUCCAAUAAAAGCGUUAAUUCGUUAUGCCAUAUAUAAUCAUAAAUAUUAUUUUGUGUUCAUAUUUUUUCUAUAUCAUUUUACAGUUAACCUUAAGGUGUAGCCAUUUAAGAACUAUCCUUGUAUUCUAUUACUGAAAUCAUGUUAGGCAUUUAUUAAUUUAUCUAGCGCGUAUUUGCAUUAAAGGUGGUACAUGUAAACUC